AUGUCGCACGCACGCAAGAACAGUCUAUGGACGCCCCCAGUGGUGCAGACGCCGAAGCUGCUAACCGGUAAAUCCAUGAUGAUUACCGGCGGCGUGACGGGUAUUGGCCGCGCCAUUGUCCUCGGAUACUUGCAGCACGGCGCAAACGUCGCAGUGAACCACUUGGGAGACGACAAUUCCUCCUCGCAGUACCAGUCUCUGGUCGAUGAAGCCUCCCACAUCCUUGAUGUGAGCAAAGAAGACGUAGAAAAGCGACUCGUCCAAGUACCCGGCGAUGUCGGAAACCCGGAGACGGGCAAGAAAAUGGUGGCAGCGGUGGUGGAGCGAUGGGGACGCUUGGAUGUAGUUAUAAGCAACGCGGGUAUCUGCGAGUUCAAGGAGUUUCUAGAUAUCUCGGAAGAUCUCUGGACCUCGACCCUAAACACCAACCUCACAGGCGCAUUCCAUACCAUCCAAGCCGGCGCAAAGCAACUCUCGACCCAGUCACCCCCAGGUGGUUCCAUAAUCGGUAUCUCGUCCAUUAGUGCACUGGUCGGGGGCGCGUACCAGGGCCACUACACACCUACGAAAGCUGGUGUGCUCUCGUUGAUCCAGUCAUCGGCAUGUGCGCUAGGAAAACACAACAUUAGGUGUAAUGCUCUGCUGCCUGGCACUAUCAAGACACAGCUGAACGAGAAGGAUCUGGAGGAUGAGACGAAGAGAAAGUACAUGGAGGGCAGGAUACCUCUGGGCCGUACAGGCGUGCCCAGUGACCUUGCUGGUCCAGCCGUCUUCUUGGGCAGUGACUUGAGUUCCUAUGUUAAUGGGGCCCAACUGUUGGUUGACGGCGGGCUGUUUGUAAAUCUGCAAUAG